UAAUCUGCGGCGGUUCCCGGUGGCCGCAGUAUCUCUACCGGACUCCGCCGGACGGAGACGGGGCGGAAGGGGAUAUUUGAAUCGCUGGACUAGCUACAAUGGUGAUACUGAAGGAUCAGAGACUGUAAAGCUGGCGCUGUAGCGGAGACACAGUGUUUUGAUAUGUCAGCCUUCCUCGUUCAGACAGGUAGUAAUUGGAUUGUGUAGUACAGACAGACGCACCAUGUAUUCAGAGUGGCGGUCGUUGCACCUCGUGAUCCAGAAUGAUCAGGGUCACAUGAGUGUUCUGCACAGCUAUCCUGACAGUGUGGGUCGUGAUGUUGCGAACGCAGUGGUGCGCCCUCUUGGACUGGGCUUAAACACCAUGGGGGUUGAGAGCAUCCUCAAAACAGACAAAGAGGUGAAAUGGACAAUGGAAGUUCUGUGUUACGGACUGACCCUACCUCUAGACGGAGAUACAGUAAAGAAUUGUGUGGAUGUGUAUACUGACUGGAUUAUGGCACUGGUGGCUCCUCGAGACUCUAUUCCUCAGCCAAUCAUCAAGGAACCAAACCUCUAUGUUCAGACUAUUCUCAAACACCUCCACAAUCUCUUUGUGCCCAGGCAGGACAAUGCUCCCAACCAGUUCAGAUUGUGUCAGCAGGUUUUAACAGCGGUACAGAAGCUGGCUCGGGAUUCUGCUACUAUGAUGAGGGAAACCUGGGAGGUUCUGUUACUGUUCCUGUUGCAGAUCAAUGACACACUUCUAGCCGCUCCAACUGCCCCUGGUGGAAUUGCUGAGCAUUUGGCAGAGAAGCUGAUAAGUGUCCUGUUUGAAGUGUGGUUUUUGGCAUGCACCCGGUGCUUUCCCACACCUCCCUAUUGGAAGACAGCCAGGGAGAUGUUAGCCAACUGGAGACACCAUCCUCCUGUGGUGGAACAAUGGAGCAGGGUCACCUGUGCACUGACUUCCAGAUUGCUGCGCUUUACAUACGGCCCGUCAUUUCCUCCAUUUAAAGUCCCGGAUGAAGAUGCAAACUUAAUUCCUGCUGAAAUGGACAAUGAUUGCAUUGCCCAGACUUGGUUUCGCUUUUUGCACAUGCUGAGUAAUCCUGUGGAUCUGAGUAACCCAGCAAUAAUCAGCUCCACCCCGAAGUUCCAAGAGCAGCUCCUGAAUGUCACUGGUGUACCCCAGGAAGUUAUUCAGCAUCCCUGCCUCAAACAGCUGCCUCAGAUAUUCUUCCGUGCCAUGCGAGGGAUCAGCUGUCUGGUCGAUGCAUUCCUAGGUGUUGCAGUCUCUAAGAUCUAUAUUCAUGAAAGACUCCCAACUUGUGGCUUUGCAGUGUCUAAGAAUUAUAUACGUGAAAGACUUCCAUCUUAUGGCUUUAUCGUCUCUAAGAACUAUAUACGUGAAAGACGACCAUCCUCUGGUAUCUCGAGGCCUAGGUCGGACAGUGCUCCACCUACUCCUGUCAACAGACUGAGCAUGCCUCAAGCAACCACUACAAGCAACACCACCCCACCUCACAGCAGGAGGCAUCGGGCUGUCACUGUAAACAAGACAACCAUGAAAACCACUACAGGGAAUACUGCCCACCCACCCAAAAUCCAGCAUCAGACAUCCACAACCUCGCCACUGUCGAGCCCCAACCAAACUAGCUCUGAGCCCAGACCACUGCCUGCACCCACCAGACCAAAGGUCAACAGCAUCCUCAAUCUGUUUGGCCAGUGGCUGUUUGAUGCAGCGCUGGUUCAUUGUAAACUUCAUAACGGAAUGAACAGGGACAACAGCAUGACUGCUUUGGCAACCCAAGCAGGUAUAGAGUUCCGUCGGAAAGGCUCUCAGAUGUCCACUGACACCAUGAUCUCUAACCCCCUGUUUGAUGCCAAUGAGUUCCCAGAUAACUAUGAAGCAGGAAGGGCAGAAGCGUGUGGAACUCUGUGUAGAAUAUUCUGCAGUAAGAAGACUGGUGAAGAAAUCCUGCCGGUGUAUCUCUCCAGGUAUUACAUGGGUCUGAUUCAGGGUCUACAGAUAGGAGAUUUCAUCUGCCGCCCUGUCCUUGCCAGCAUCAUCCUCAACUCUUCUGCAUUGUUUUGUACCGAUUUGAAAGGAGUUGAUGUUAUGGUACCUUAUUUUAUCACUGCACUGGAAACCAUUCUUCCUGAUAGGGAACUUUCAAAAUUUAAGGCUUAUGUGAACCCCACAGAUCUGAGGAGAUCGUCCAUUCUCAUUCUGUUGUCCUUGUUGCCUCUCCCCCAUCAUUUUGGCAAUGUAAAAUCUGAGGUGCUGUUGGAAGGCAAGUUUAGCAAUGAUGACAGCUCGUCUCACGACAAACCAGUCACAUUCCUCUCGCUGAAGUUAAGACUGGUCAAUAUUUUGAUAGGAGCUCUGCAGACUGAAACGGACCCAAACAACACACAGAUGAUCCUAGGUGCAAUGUUAAAUAUUGUUCAGGAUUCAGCUCUUUUAGAAUCUAUAGGAGCUCAAACCGAAAUGGGCAGUAGUGAAGGGAAUCACCUGAAGAGCCAUAGCCGCAAUAACAGUGGGAUCAGCACAGCCAGUGGAGGGAGUUCAGAAGCCACCACUCCAGACAGCGAGAGGCCAGCACAAGUUCUCCUGAGAGACUAUGCUCUUCAUACAGAUACUGCCGUGGGGCUCCUGAUUCGCAGCAUCCACCUGGUGACACAGAGACUCAACUCCCAGUGGAGACCCGACAUGAGCAUCUCCCUGGCUGCGCUGGAGCUGCUUGCUGGUUUGGCCAAGGUGAAGGUUUGUGUGGACUCAGCAGACAGAAAGCGUGCAGUCAGUUCUGUUUGCAGCUACAUCGUGUACCAGUGCAGCCGCCCGGCGCCACUCCACUCUCGAGAUCUCCACUCCAUGAUAGUUGCAGCAUUCCAGUGCCUGUGUGUGUGGCUGACGGAGCACCCUGACAUGCUCAAUGAAAAGGAUUGCCUAAUAGAAGUGCUGGAGAUUGUUGAAUUGGGCAUAUCGGGGAGCAAGUCAAAGACCAAUGACCAUGAGGUGCGAUACAAAGGUGAUAAAGAGCCCAACCCUGCUUCCAUGAGAGUGAAGGAUGCAGCAGAGGCCACUCUCACAUGUAUCAUGCAGCAGCUUGGAGCCUUCCCAUCUCCCAGUGGACCUGCCUCACCAUGCAGCCUUUUAAAUGAGGAUACUCUAAUUAAAUACUCCAGGCUGACCUCCACAAGUAGAGACAACUUUCGUUAUUUCGUCCUGGAUAACUCUGUCAUUUUAGCCAUGUUGGAACAGCCUCUCGGAAACGAACAGACAGAUCCCUGCCCGUCAGUGACUGUGUUGAUACGAGGGAUGUCAGGGAGACAUGCCUGGACCAUGCAGCUCUACCACCAGCCCAGAGGGGCACGGGCUCACCAGAAGCAGGUGUUCGUUCCAGAGAGCCGUCCAGCUCCUAAAAAUGACGUUGGCAUUCGGUUUACUGUGAAACACAGACCAUUCCCUGAGGAAGUUGAUAAAAUUCCAUUUGUGAAAGCUGACCUGAGCAUUCCAGACUUGCAUGAGAUUGUAAAUAGUGAGUUGGAGGUCCAGCAAGAGAAGCUGCGCAAUGUGAUGGUGAAGCAGGUGGAGUACGAGUUGGCUCUGGAGCGGCACAGCGAGGAUCUUUGGAGAAACAAGAGCUUCCCCGACCCUGUCACAGACUGCAAGCCCCCUCCCCCUGCACAGGAGUUCCAGACUGCACGCCUCCUCCUCUCACACUUUGGAUUCCUCUCGCUCGAAGCAUUAAAGGAGCCUGGCAACAGCCGCUUACCUCCUCAUCUUAUUGCGCUGGACUCAGCCCUCCCUGGCUUCUUCGAUGACAUUGGGUAUCUGGACCUACUGCCGUGCCGGCCCUUUGACACUGUCUUCAUAUUCUACAUGAGAGCAGGGCAGAAGAGCAGUCAGGAGAUUUUGAGGAAUGUUGAAUCAUCAGCUAAUGUUCAGCACCACUUCCUGGAGUUCCUGCUGUCUCUGGGCUGGCCCGUCGAUGUGAGGAAACACCCUGGCUGGACAGGAAACGUCUUCACCAGCUGGUCAAUCAACUCAAGCAAUGGCAGUGAGGGCCAGACACAGGAUGAGUCCCCUACAUUGGAGGAUAACGGUGGAGGUAUUUUCAGUGGAGAGAAGAAGGUGCUUUACUAUGCUGAUGCCAUGACUGAAAUAGCUUUUGUUGUUCCGUCAUUACUAGAUUCUUCUGCUGAAUCAUCUGAGAGCAGCUUCCCCACCCUGGAAGCAGAGUCCCAAAUGGACCUGCUGCCUAGUUUACUGAAACAGUCUAGUCUGACACUGGAGCUCUUCCCGAACCACUCUGACAAUCUUGGCUCUUCACAGAGGCUGAGUCCCACAACUAAAGCAAAGAAGAUGCCUCCUGGCCGGACAGUGCCUCCACUGGGCCCAGAGACGAAGGUGCUGGUGGUUUGGGUUGAACGCUACGAUGAUAUUGAAAAUUUCCCUCUUUCUGAUCUAUUGGCUGAAACCAGCACAGGAGUGGAGACAACAACAAACAGCAGCACAUCCCUGAGGCCAGUGACGUCGGAAAAGGAUGUUCCGAUUAUUUUUAUCCACCCUUUGAAGAGCGGUCUGUUUCGGAUAAAGCUUCAGGGGGUCGCAGGGAAGUUCAGCAUGGUCAUCCCUCUAGUGGACGGCAUGACAAUCAGCAGGAGAGCUUUAGGAUUCUUAGUGCGGCAGACGGUCAUCAAUGUCUGCCGAAGGAAGAGGCUGGAAAGUGAUUCCUACAACCCUCCACAUGUCCGCAGAAAACAGAAGAUAGCGGACAUUGUGAACAAAUACCGGAACAAGCAGCUGGAGCCUGAGUUUUACACCUCACUUUUCCAAGAAGUUGGACAAAAGAAGCUGAAUCCAUGAGAUGGACAUAACUGCGUAGAUUCUAUAUAUUUUAUAAGCUAUUUUGCUAUUUAUAUCAGCACUUGGUGGCCACAUUAUAUGAAUGAGGAGGUUUACGUUGAGCAUCGACCAGUGAUGUAGUAUCCCUGUAGCACACAACCCAACCAACCUGCUUCUGAAAAAUUGAUCUUCUACAGUUGGCACACAAUUUUUAAACAUGUUAAGACAACAAGGGUGAAUCUGAUAGGAGCUUUAAAGAGGUUAACUGUGAGUUGUUUAUCCCAUAUGAUGAAAAUGUCUGGGACUAUUGUUGAUGAUUUU